AUGAACGAUACAGAGCCGAUAACAACGUCCUGCUCUACAAAACCAGAGGAAGAUAUCAAUACUACAGAUAGAACUGAUGUCAAUAAGAUGACCUUACCGGAUUUUUCCCGCCUGCGAAGAGGAUCCCGAUAUAAAAUAAAAAAAAUUGUACAAUCCGGCCUUUGCGUAUCGGGCCAGACCAUAAAAGCCGCCCUACAACGCAUCAACGCCUUAAAUGAUACAGGUCGUUCGAUCAUUGUCAAUAUAGGCUCGGUAAAUAUAAUGAAGCGGCGGCAAAUGUUACAAUUUCAAUAUGAAUACCGUAAACUCAUUAAGGCAAUGCUUAAGAAAGGCUUUAAACCCAUUCUCACCACCCUAGCCCCAUUGGGCAAUUAUGCUUACGAUCUCCAAAAACAUCAAGUUAAUGAGAUUUCAUAUAAACUUUCUGUUUCCAGCUCACCACGCCAUGUCAGCGGCGCUGCAGAAUCCUAUUUGUUCUGGAAUAAAAUUGGACGCCAACGAAUCUAA